GCUAAAAGGACAGGUUGCGUGAUUGGUCGAGAGUUCCACGUUCGAGUUCUAGAAGGCGGAAGUAGGUCGAAGUACACGUUAUUACAACUUUUGUUAGGCACACAGUGCUUUGCUUUUGCUCUCUAAACGAAAUGGCAAAAAAGACCAGAAGUUCAGCUCGAUUCGUAGAGAUCUUAUGGUCGAUGGUUAACAAUGAAGAUGAGAUAAAGAAAUGCGGUGAAUACAUAUCGUGGAAUGAGGUAUUUUAAUUGAAGUAUUAAAGCUUACUGUUUCAGAAUUCUUCAAUUCUUACUGACCUGCACGCCUCUUUUAUAGUUUUGUAAGCUGUAUUAAAAUGUUAUAGAAUGAUUCAAAAUAAUGAUGCUUAAUCACAUUCCCUAUUUUUUGCAGAGUGGAACUGGUAUCGUCAUCGAAAGUCGAAACGAACUUGCCUCUCACGUGCUUCCUACGUAUUUCAACACUCGAGAGUUUUCAAGCUUCCAUCGACAACUAACUAAUUGUAAGUAUACAAUCAGUUUUUGCACACAACUGCUGCAUCCCUUGCUCAGAAAAAAGAAGACUUUAUAAUUAAAGACGACAGAACUCAACCUAGAAUAAUCUCCCUUCCAGCAACAUGUUUGCAUAAACCAGACGAUAGCCAUGCUGCAAGAUACUUAAAUUUAAGAUAAUAGAUAAAUGGAUAAUAAACAGAAUAUUUUGUAAAUCUUAGCUAGGAAAAGAAAUAAAGCAAUCUUAAUGUCUCUGUAAUCGACUCUGUAAAUCUCUGAUCAGCAAUUGGUAGCAACAAAUGUUGGAUAAUGCAUGGUUUAAUUUUACGUUUGAACAACCCACCCCUGGGCAAUCCCUGGGGUGAGUCUAUCCAUUUGUGCUCAGGGGUGGAGAUUGGUUUGAAGCAACCCUAUCCCAGGGAUAGGGGGAGGGGUGAAGGUAAAGGUUAAGGCACACAGGAGGCCAAAAGCCCAAACGGCCGGAACUUAUACUGGUUUCUUGUAGCAUGAAGCAUGCUUCGAAGUAUUACUAUUCCACUCUGCAUGGGAUGCUAGUCCAUUGCAGGGUUACCCCCCAGCAGUAUGUUGCCAGUACCCAUUUAUGCACCUGGGCGAAGAGAGACAAAGUGGAGUAAAGUUCCUUGUCUAUUAAUUUAAAGGAAACAACGCGACAGGUUGGGCCUAAAUUCAUAAGCCAUUGACAUGAAAUAAAAUUAUAGUCACCUGGUUUUCAGGGUAUGAUGACAGGCAGGAGCCUUUUUUUCAAAACUUGAAAUUAUUUUGUUCCAGUACUAUACCUGCCAACUCUCACGCCUCAGGCAUGAGUCUCACGCCUGCGGGUUGAAAACUUCGAUCUCACGCCGGCUCACGCUUUCGGGCCAAUUUCUCACGCCUGAUUGAAAAAUGUGAGUUGUUGCCAUCUUGCUUGACACAAUUUCCAAAAAUAUGUUAACUCAGACCCAUGUAAGGAAUGAAAACCAUGUGUAAAAUGAAUGAAUGACAAUACCUUCCUCGCGAUCUCUGAUUUUUGAAGUGAAAAGCACUGGGAGCGAGCUCGCGUUUAUAUGCGUCCUAAGACUUCGGACGUCUUCGGACUUCUCCGGAAGACUUCGGACUUCUUCGGGAAUCUUCGGAAAUGAUCGUGUCGUCUUCAAAAAUCCCAGCACUCCCAGGAUAAAAAUCUCAUGCUUACAUCUCAGAAAAAGUUGGCAGGUAUACAGUACCUCUAAAAUCACUAUGCCCGUACGAAACGAGCAGCGCUGCUGCAGCACAGCAGAAUGGCUUCAAGAAGCGCUACAAAAGAGCUGUAAAAGCGCUGCGCUGCAGCAGUCGCAAAUUUGGGCUGCAGUGGAAAGCCCUUUGACAGGGAUAAACAGUGCUUUUGCAGCGGUGCAGAAAAUUCCCGAAUCAGGAUCUGCGCUGCAGAGUGGCUGCAAAGUGGCUUCAAAAAGACAAAGAAUGUUGUGGGGUAUUAAAUGGCCUACCACUCGUUAGUACCAAAAAAAAGAAAUGCAGGCUCCAAUAAUACAAUGAUCAUGAUACAUGGUAGAGAAGUUUACAAGGCCUUAGUAGCAGAGUAAAAACCACUAGAAAGUCAAAAUGCAACUUAUACUUUAUUAGUAUACACGCACACAAGUUACAAAAGCAUGUGACUUAUAACAAAUCUGCAACAGUCUCGCUUUGUAAAUAUUUAGCAAUCACGGUCUUUCAUCUGAAUGUCAAGAAAUCCAUUAACAUGCAGACAUUAAUAUUGAAAAUUAUCUUUUUUAAAAAUAAAGAGAAUAACAGCAAUUGUUCUACAUAAAGUUUACAUGGACAGCAGCCAAAUGAUAUUUUGAUUCGUUGCAACGGGCUAAGCUGGACAUUGCUCACCUUGAAGUUUUGUCCGUGAUCCACGAUCUUCUACACUUUUUUCAUGAAAGAAAUCAACCGAAUUUUUCUUUGGUCGUCAUUAUAAUGGACUAAUAGAACGUACAUUACCAUGAGCGUAUGAGAAUCUUGUGAGUACAAACCCCAGCUGAGAUUCUUGUGUCUGUGUUGCUUGCUCUGGUUCGGUUCGUCAAUACUUAGCGUAGAAGACACUACACUGUUCAUUGCGUUGUUUGCAAAUACGUUUGAGCUGUUCCAUCCAAAAACAUCAACAGAACUUCCAUCUCAAAAGAGAACUUGAAGCAAAAAAACUUUGAAUAUUUGCGCCUUUCAUUCAAUGGUCGCAAAUGUUUGGGCGAUCCCGUGUUUGCAUGUCUAGAGAUGUAAUGGGAUCUCAUGCAGAAGGACUGACCAAUUAUAUUACGGCCUAGAAUUUCUCCAGGGAAUUAGCGAUUCCCACACUCGCCCGUCACAGAAUGAAAUUUAUUGAAAUCUUUAUUCUGAAAGUGUAGAAUCUGGAGGUUAAUUUAUUCAAUAAGUGAUCUUCCUUGCAUACAAGCUUAUAUGUAUGCAGAAUAUUUAAUGUGUUUCCUAGAACUGGGUUAUUUGUAGAAUUUGAAAUUCACCUAGUAAGAAAAAUAAUGAACAACCAGGGCCCAUAUUAUGUGGAAACGGUUGCCACAUUUAAUACACACUUGAAACAUGGCUUGAGUAGUAUUUUAGAACCAAUCUUGUCUGAUAGCUCCUUUGAGAUGAAUUGCAGAAAUCUCUCUCAUGAUACAUCCUCAGAGGCAGGGUCAGGGAGUGGUGAGAGGCAGCUGGGUAUAUUCACAGGCUGGUAUUAACCUCAUGGAAAAUAUCAUGUUUUAAAAAUUAAUUCAUUUUUUUUCUGAGCAGAUGGAUUUAAAAAACUCCAGGAUGUGGAGGGGGAUGAGUUUGUAAAUGAAAACUUCAUAAGAGGCUUUCCAGAGUUACGGAAGAAUAUCAUCAAGAAAAAGGUGAGUGCACUGCAUGGUCAUGCAGAGUCUUCUAUUAAUUAUAGCACUAUAAUGACAACAAGCCUAAAUUCACUCCUGAGUGCAAAUUGCAUAUGGCUGAUGUAAAAAUUCACAUUUCAAAAUUUCUUCUUGAAGAAUCCAGGGUUUCAAUAAAAGUUGAAUUAAGUAGCCAGCAGGUUUGAAUAAAGUAAAUAUAAUUGUAUCAACAGUUUGUUGGUAAUUCGAUCCCUUCUUCUUACUGGGUCUGGGGGGAUCAAAAGCAGCGUAUAUAAAUUAUGAUCACAAUUCAUUUGCACAUCAACAAAUUCUGUAUAAAUUAACCUACAUGUAUAAGGAAAUGAGUAAAAAAUUUAUUGGAAUACAGCGUUAACAUUGUAAUAACUAAUUAUAAAGCACAACAUAUAAAACCUGUAGGCAAACACUUCUAUGAAAUUACACAAAAUAAGUUUACAGUCAGAUUUUAUGAUAUGUUUUUUGUUUAUGGCAUUAUUCUAGUUGCAUCUUCUUUUGAGAAAAAAAUAGCUGACUUCUUUGAGUAAAGUAGCCAACAGUCAUUUCUUUGGUCGUCGGUGCUUAUUCAAACCCCCGAGAAUCCAAAGAAAUAAAACUGAAGAACCAUCCAAAAGUUCUGCCAAAGAAGUUUCAAUUGAAUGGUAACAUCAUUAGGAUUUUCAGAUUUACAUUAAAAACAUAAUUAUCUACUUCAAUUAUGUCAUAAUCUGUAAUUGUACACUGUACAUAUUUUAAUCAUUUUGACUGUUUAGCUUGGUAUAUCACUGUUCUAGGCACCCUAUAUUUUUUAUGGGGUGAUGGGGCUGGUGGGGUUUGAUGGCUUUAAGCACUAAUAAAAUUAAUAAUGACCCCCUCUUAGAAAGUUUUUCACCUGCCCCCGCCCUAGGUUGAAGCCGUAAACAAUUGAGAUGACCUCUCCCCUCCCCCCUCCCACCUUCCCCACAAGAGAAAAGAAAAGAAACACUCAAAGUUAUUAAGCUGAACUUAAAUCAAACAUAAAGCCUUGAGGUCAAUUUCAACAUUGUUAGUAGUCGGUUUCAGAAUCAUUCCUGUUGAACAUCAGGAGUAACUGUAAAGUAACAGUGAGGGUUUCCAGUGGUAAUCUUUUUUCCCACAAAAUUUUAAACUAUUUUCACUGAUCCACCCUUGAUCCACUGCUUGUGACAUAAUUAGUUUCACCAUUCAAGAACAACUAAUUAAGUCAGCUAGCUAACUUGUGCAGGGUGAAGAGGUCUUUCAAACCAUACUAGAAUGAGCGUGAUCCAGUCAAGGAGGCAGGGUGGAGAAAAAGGAAAAAAAACAUGACUUUGUGCAGUUGACCCGAAAAUUCGCAUAAAAAUCUGGCUCCACUUAAGCUACCUACCAUUUCCCUUCAUCUAUCCUAAGAUCCUAAAAGCUCUCCCUCAAACUUAAUUUCUAGCCCACGUAAACCCCACUAAAUACCCAGCACAAGAAAAAAAAUGAGGUAAAAAAAGUGAAAGAAGAGGGGAGGAGAGAAAGCGAAAAGAAAACUCUAUAGACUGCUGUUUCACUUUCAAAAUUAUUUCGAAAUUUUGCCUUCUACGCAUGCUCGUAGUUCAGAAACUACUAUUUUGCAUCUGGAGGAGGGUACGAAGACCACAAAGUGUAGUGUCCUCUUUAUAGCCAGACAUUGACGAGAAAACAGCUCAACUAGCUUCAAAACAUGUUUUUUUUUGGCGAUAGAAAUUCACAGGAGAGUUCAAUAAAAGUAAGAAAAAUACAAAAUAAGCUCUUUUUUGUCAAAUGUAUAUUUGACUGCAGUCAUGUAAAUUAAAGAAAAAUCACUGCCCUUUACACAUUACAUUUUUUUGUCUGCCCCUCAUUGAAUAAAGCCAUGAUAAUUAUGGCUUAUUCCGUUUGGAAUGGCUUGUCCACCUUUAAUAAAUCCCAUCAACCCCACCCACCUGCUACAAAUUAACAGCAUGGAUGCUAAACUCUCAGUGCAUUUUGCUGUCACUUAAAAGCCACCUUAACAACAAUAAUACAAGUAUUUCCUUGUAACGUCAAUGUUUUUGUAUUUUUACACAGCCACCUGACAAGCAUAAAAAAGGUACACACAUUGAUGCUAAUAAAAGUGUUCUUGUUAAUAAUUGAUAAAAGAAAGUUAUAGCACAUGCUGUAUGACUGACAAUUUAACAGAAGUACAUGUAUAAGGAAAAGCGAAGCUGGAUAAAUUAUGUUUAUUAGUCAAGCUUGAUUUUUUUCCGAACUGCACCUUCAAAAUUACCCGUUGUCUUUAUUUUCCAGAGUAAUUUGAGCUGGUUGGGUAAGCUGGUUUUCAGGAGAUGAAAUGAGCUGGUAGCAGCCUCUUUGUGACUGCAGAUAUCCCCUUCUCUUUUAUUGUUUGCCCCAUAAUCAUGAAUUUUAAUAUUGAUCUUGAUCCAUCAACUAUAUAAAUGGAAGUAAAACUAUUAACCGACCUUCCCCCUCCCACCCCAAACAAUGUUGAAUUUUGAAAAGAAAGAAAUAAAAUAAGAUAAAAUAAGAAUAAGAAUUUAAAGUAGAUUACACAACACAAGUGUAAAAAAAUUAGUAGGUGGAAAUGAUCGAUCAGUCUUGUUUGUAUUGAAACAUUGCUGGGAGGGGAAGGGGGAUAAUGAAGGGAUGAACCCAAAUCCUGUCAUAAACAAAACUGUAAUUAGGAGCAGAAUCCUAAUGUAACAAUCCCUUGGAGAGGACUUUGUCACAGAGAGAUGUUCUUUUGACCUCCAUUGUACCAGUACUGCUUGUGUUGAUUAGACCAUGGUUUUGAUUGCUGACCAGGAUCAGAUCAUUUAAAUAGCACCGUGGUUGCUUAAGUGGACUGCUGUACGUAUGUUAAGAAUUUCUCUCAUUUUGGUGGGUUUUGUUUCCAGGCAUUGAUGGUAUUGCUGCCCCUGCAGGGUUUCUGGCCCCUGAGGAGGCACAACUUUACAGUCCCUACAUGGAUAUAUUGGCGAAUCCUUGUUUUCAUUUUUUGUCUCAUUAGCAAUAAUUUAUUAUGCUCAUCGUUAUCUGAAGCUAGUAAAAUAAAAUUUCUAAAUAUUCAAAGGAACAUAACGUGGUCAUGCAGUUAUCUCUGAAACUUCGAGCCCGAUAUACCGAAUAGUUGCAGAGAAAUUCUCUUUGAAAAACCCCAAAAUUUACAAAGGAUGACGUAAUGAGGUCAUUAACAUUAUAUUUUGCCACCCAGCAAUUUCGCAGUUUUUGAUUGCUGCUAUUUUUUUUGUUAUAAUUAAUUGCAAAGAGCUAAAACUUAAUUGCUCAAACUGCUCAAAUUUACCAGCUAUUUUAAUUUUUGAACAAGUUUUAUUUGUAUAUAUAACUACGUCUUCUGUGUGUUACCUCGUAUGCUAAUGAGCAAAGAUGUAAACAAUGGCAUCACAAUGAAUCCGCCUAUACAUACAAUGGAAUUGACAAAAAAAUUAACUAAAAGAAAAAGACGUGUGCUAGCUAGCUGGUACAUUAGGCAAAAUCAUCCCUAUUGAAACAAUCAGACGAACAGCUCACCAUGUAUGUGAUCAAGUCUCCCAUAGCUCUUGGUGAUAAUAAAGCCUCCAACUGCAUGGAAACGUUUUUCAUGAAAGCUGAUGGUCAUGGGUUCCAUUUCUGAGCAGUUUGUUAUGUAUACAGCUGUACUUAAUAUAUGUUCCCUUUUUAUUGUUAUUACUUUGACUUACGUGUUUAAAAACAGUUAUUUUAGUUGUGGGAUUCCUAUAAAUAGCUUUUGGUUUAGUGGAGUUUCCCAUGAAAUAAAGAAUUACUUAAUACUUCUGCUAAACAUAGCAAACAAAAAGAAAGAUUACGUUUUUCUGUGUUUUUUGCUAGCAUAAAGAUUUAGAUAAGGGCUGCCCUGAAAUAAGAGUUGCACCUACACUUCAUGAUCAUAGUAAUGAAAAAAACUUCAUUUGACUUUGGCCAUUGCAUGUGUGUAUUUAUGCUCCUAAUUUCUUUCCCUUAGGCUCAAGUGCGCGUGGAGAGAGUCUAAAAACUCAUCAUCCACCCCAGAAUUCUUCUACAUGUACCUCAUUACCACAUAACCCUCAGGUAAAGUUACAGAUAAGUGAUCAAUUUUGUUAUUGUAAUUAUUUCAAAUACAGUAGUUGAAACCCAGGAAUCUUUACAUAAAGUAGGUUCAAUUUGUCUGUAUUAUUGAGUCCUGACGUUUCAACAAAAAUAUACUUGUGUGGAAUUCAAUUCACCAGAAGCUGAAAUUAGGGUCCGCAGGGUUUUUUUUAGCAAUUCACUUCAGUGCAAACUUGCCCUUACAGUAGCUGCUGUUUUAAGCAAGAUGCGGAUAAAAAGCCUUUUGCUUUGAAAAUAUCAACUGAGCUAUCGUUAGGAAGUUUAAGCAGCAACGUUUUAAUGCAACGCAUAUAAAGCGGAAAUGGACAUUUUGCACUCUUGAAGACAAUGAUUUUGAACAAAAUUUUGGGCAAAUCGUCCCUAUCAGAGUAAAGGCACUUAGCCAUACAAAUUUGGUAGCAUAACGGCAUAUAAUAAGAGAAAAAGGCUCACUUCUGGUUGACGUUGCAUCGCUCAAAAGGCUUAAAUUCCUUAAUUAAUAGGUUGAUUUGGGUAAAAAUAUCCCCAAGUUCAGUUCUCACAGAUGAACAGGCUAUCGGGUAGAUUAGGCUCACAGGCCAGCGCUAUAGGCCACUCGCGCUAAGAGGUCACGUGACCAAUGCUUCCUUUAAACAAUGAGUUGUCCAGAAUCUUGCUGACGCCAAAAAUUGACAGAGCAGAUAAAAAUUAUCUUACACCCGAAAUUUGAGAGGGAACGCAUUUAAGGGAGGUAUUUUAUGAUACUUUGAUUUUUCAACAAAGUAGUAUGAUUUGUAUUGGCCGCUGUCUUGGAGGGCAUACUCUUGCCCUCCAACGUGGCGGCCAAAACAACGUUUUGCUUAUAUCUUGUUAAACGUUUGAUAGUUACGCUCAGAUGUGCCAUAAGCGUUACCACAUCAUCCUUUCAACACUUUCCUUGAAGUUUAAGUGCAAAAUUUGCGUUCAGAGAAACGCAAGUAACGUAAAUUUUAAAAAUUACAUUUUGGUCACGUGACCAGGUACUAACUUAUUCGUUUUAAGAAAAUGGUGCGGGUUUGAAAAACCAAAUCACUAUUAUUUUGUUUAAGACAUGACCCACUAAUUGUUUUUCGAAGGCAAAAUCAUGUAACUUUCAUUUUCAUGAAAACGAUGUCACAUGACCUUGGUGCCAAUGGCCUAUUACAUGGGUGUUCUUAUAAAGUCACAAGUUGUACCUGUUACUUGGCUUUUUGCUCUGACUGUAAUAAAUGAGCAAUUCAUUAUUACUUAAUACAUAAUUUCCACUCUAUUUUUUUUGUUACAAAACAGGUUCCUGCAGCUUCCGAACAGUUGACAGCAAAGCGUCCGCAGGAACAAAUGACAGGUCUAGAAAAUGAACUGUCCAAUCAGAAAUUAAAGAAACUUAGAGCGUCUGGUGUCCUUUCAACUGACCCAGAUUCAAGUACGCUCCUCCGGUCGCUUGGGACAGCUUCAGCUGUAGAAAGAGUUCUUGAUCAAGCUUAUUACUCCCUUCAAAUAGAAGGAGAGUUGCAAGAACUCCUUUUUAGAAAUACAGAGGAGAUAAGUCACGCAAACCCAGAUAGUAAAGAGGCCAGAAAUGAUACAGUGUCACAUUCUUUCUUGGAAGAGCUAGUGGAUAAUGUGCCGAUGGGAUAUCCAUACAAUGCAACGUCAACUAUGCAAUUAAAUGCAGAUACAGAUAAUACAAGCAUGGGUGGAGAUUUUUCAAAGCAC